AUGGCCAAUUCACAAUACGACUACAAAUCGACCGCUCAGUCAGCUCAGGUCCAAUCUUCGGACAACGCAAAUAUAGCUGAGUAUACAGCCAAUGGGCAGUGGGCCAACUACUCUGCCCAACGUCAAUUCACAGAAGUCAACCGUGCUACUGCUAAUACGGACUCGAUGACGCCAAUGGAGCGCUGGGCUGCCGAAACUCCUCAACAAGCUCCUUGGAAUGCAGUAGGAAGCGUUGCUACCUCAUCAAAUAAUACUGGAUCCGGGUACUCAACCAACCAUGUUCAUCACCAACAGCAGGCUGGUGAUGAUUGGAGUAUCUGUGGAAACAAAUCAACUAGUUGA